AGUUCCAGUCUGGAGAGGGAAAGGAGGAUCCUGGGGUCUCCUCGCCUGGCCUGGCGCGGUGUGGAAAUGGGCGAUCCCUAAGGGCUGGCCUGAACUUUGGACCUUGUCUUUCAGUAGGAAAGCAGUAUCUCAGCCCCAGCAGGAGCCGAUCAUGGCCUCCAAGCCUGAGAAGAGGGUGGCCUCUUCUGUCUUUAUCACCCUGGCACCCCCACGCCGAGACGUAGCAGUGACUGAGGAAGUGAGUCAGGCAGCUUGUGAAGCCCGACGUGCUCGGCCAUGGGAGACCCUUCCCACAAAGACACCUGGGGUUGCAGUGGGCAGGAGCCCCAAGACCUGGACGCCCUCUGGCAGGAGCAAUGCCUCACUCCCUGAAGCCCCACCUCAGCUCUCCAAUGGAGGAUGCUCUCCCCCACCUCCUUCCCUGAAUGAAGAGGACCUAGACCUCCCGCCUCCUCCCCCGCCCCCUUCUGCCUACCUGCCUCUCCCAGAAGAGGAGCCUCCUGUCUUGCCAGGGACAUCGCUCAUUUCUGACUUGGAGCAACUGCACCUGCCUCCGCCUCCACCUCCACCCCUGUUACAGGCUCCAUCAAAGGGAUCUUCUGUCCAGCCUCCAAAGGGAUCGUUUGUCCAGCCUCCGCCUGGUCACGUCAAACCCUCAGAAGAGGAACUUCCUCCUCCUCCUCCAGAAGAGCUUGUCACUCUUCCAGAGAGAGAAGCAUCCACAGAUGUCUGUGGUUUCUGUCACAAGCCUGUGUCCCCUCGAGAGCUGGCCGUCGAGGCCAUGAAGAGGCAGUACCACGCCCAGUGCUUCACCUGUCGUACCUGCCGCCGCCAGUUGGCUGGGCAGAGAUUCUACCAGAAGGAUGGGCGCCCCCUGUGUGAACCCUGCUACCAGGAUACCCUGGAGAAGUGCGGUAAGUGUGGGAAAGUGGUCCAAGAGCAAAUCAUCCGGGCCCUGGGCAAGGCCUUCCACCCACCCUGCUUCACCUGCGUGACCUGUGCCCGCUGCAUCAGCGACGAGAGCUUUGCGCUGGACAACCAGAACCAGGUGUACUGCGUGGCUGACUUCUACAGGAAAUUUGCCCCUGUGUGCAGCAUCUGUGAGAAUCCCAUCAUCCCCCGAGACGGGAAGGACGCCUUCAAAAUCGAGUGCAUGGGAAGGAAUUUCCACGAAAACUGUUAUCGUUGUGAGGACUGCAGCGUCCUCCUGUCUGUGGAGCCGACCGACCAAGGCUGCUACCCACUGAAUGACCACCUCUUCUGCAAGCCCUGCCACCUGAAGCGGAGUGCUGCUGGGUGCUGCUGAAGAGUCCCGAUGGCUGGCCCUUCCCUGACUUGGUUUCCCCUCCUGACCUUUCUCACAUACUUUCCUUUUGAACUUCACUGGACACCAGCACACUACUCAGCCUACAGUGUCUUAAAUGCAUGGGCCUGAGACACUGGGGCUUGGCACCCUCCAGACUUUCAACUCCUCUCCCUCCACUGACCAGGAAGCCCCUCACCACCAGCUCGGGACCCUGGUCCAUCCUAGUGCUGCCCUGAUAUGUUUGUGCAGACAAGUCCCCGCACGAUGCCUAUGUCUCUGACCAUGAUGCUUAGCUGCCUCAGAGAAGGUUCUGAGACCUCAGCUUAGCUUGUAGAGCUGAGUUGUUUGAAGUGUGCCUUCCAAGGCACUCCAAAACGUGGUUGGUUUUGGGUUUU